AGCAGACACUUAGAAGCUCGCCUUUCCCCAACUAGUCCCAUCAAUUCCCUCCCCCCACCAGCUAUCCUUCCACUUCAAGCCUCAUCCAACCUCACCUAGUCAUCUCCAUACAGUCAUCAAAAUGGUCGCAUCCAAGUUCCUUGCUUUCCUCGCGCUGGCAGCUGCUGCCGUUGCCGCACCCGCCUCCAUCGAGCGUCGCGCCGAGCCUGGACAGGCCAACAUUGACGACGUCAUCCUCAACUACGCUCUUACCCUCGAGCAUCUUGAGAACGCUUUCUACAAGGAGCUGCCGUCUCUCCAAGCCUUCUCCGCUGCUGGUUACGACACCUUUGUCCACGCUCGCUUCCUCCAGAUCGGAGGUCACGAGGCUAGCCACGUCAAGUUCUUGAGCCAGGCCCUCGGAGACAAGGCUACCAAGCCUUGCACAUACGACUUCGGCGUCAACGGCGAUGUCAACAAAUUCGUCCAGACCAGCGUUGUCCUCGAGGGUGUUGGAGUCAGCGCGUACGCCGGCGCAGCACAAAACAUCACCUCCCCAGCCUACCUCACGGCCGCCGCCACCGUUCUGACUACCGAGGCUCGUCACUCCGCUUGGGCUCAAGCAGCUGCUCGCAAGGGCAGAGCUGACGGUGACCCCGCCGGCGCAGCCUACGACACCCCUCUGACUUCCUUCUCGCAAGUCUACAGCUUGGCCGCCCCCUUCAUCAAGAAGUGCCCCGACAGCAACCCCGCUCUGCCCGUCAAGGCUUUCCCUGCCGCAUCUUGGAGCACCACGCCCACCACCGGCGCUACCGUCGGCGUCAAGGGCGACGGUGUCAAGGAUGGCCAGUCCGUCGCCUUCAUCACCGCUGCAGGCACCACCGCCUUGGCCAAGAUCCAGGGCGGAAAGGUGACUGUCCCCGCCGAGGUCCAGGGUGGCCGCACCUACGCCGUCGUCAUCAAGGCCGACGCCAAGGCCGUGAGCGACGACAACACUGUUGCCAUCCUCUCCCCAUUCGACGUGCUCCGCACACCUAAGGAGGCUGCCAACCGCGCUCGUGCCGGCAAGGAGAACUGAGCUUGUCCAACUUUCGUCUUAUGUUCCUGCAUACUAAACACCAAUACCUUUGUCACAUUUCCUUGCCUCUUUAGUCAAUCGCAAUCAU